AUACUACUCGCACACAGCAACAGCAGGAACACAGUUACACAGAGGUCCUCGGCCGUGGCAGCACGUUCACGUUGACCACCAGAGCUCAAACGCAACAGCCGCCCAUCAUCAGCCAGCCGAGCCAUCAUCAGGAGAGUUCAGGUCGUGCAAGAGCUGCGGGUGAAACAAAACGCAUCGAUCCAUCCGUCGGUCGCCCAAUCAUGAUUCUGGGCUUGGGAGGAUGCUGCGGAGCUGCCGCCGCCGCCGCCGCCGUGUCGCCGGCUGCCGUCGGCAAGCAAUUGGGAGGCCAUCUAGAGGCCAGUGAGCGGCAGCAGAAGAAGCGGGGGGCAAGUGAUGAGCAGAAGAUGAACAAGGGAGGCGAGCAGGGAGCGGCGGCAGCAGCUGGGGGUAAGGAGAGGAGCAAGACGAAGGAUCGUCACAAGGCUCCCCCGAUCGUUGUGCAUCAGUUCCCCUUCCACUCUCGCCCCGGCUUGCUCUGAAUUCCUCUACUCAUCUUGGCGUCAUGUGCGUGUUUGUGAUCCUGUAAUUAUUCGCGAUCUCGUGUGUUAUCCAUUGAGAUAUAGUA